ACAGACACUACCGUCGCUCUCUCGUCCUCCGAUUACUGGGACCUCUCUCUCUCUAAAAAGUUUCUCUCACAUGAUGAACUAGAGGAGAGAGAAAGCUUCCAUUUCUUUCGUUUUCCCUCACGGAUUCAGGUGAGAGCUUCUUGUUGUUGUUAUUGUUGUUUGUGAUUCUUCUUCUUCUUUCUAUUCUAUCUUGGAUUCUUCUCCGGUCGCCGUACUUACUGCUCGCCGGGACGACUUAAUGGCUUCGUCGUCCCGAGCACGGAGUAGUUCGCCGUUUUCGUAUCGGAAGUCUUCCAGUCCGUAUUCUUCAACUUCUUCGUCCUCUUCGUUUACCAAUGGUAAGUUGAUUCCGCGGUCAUGUUCGACUUCGGCGUCGUCUUACUUCAAUUCCGGCGGCGGACUUGGUUCUCGAUCCAUGACUCCCAAUCGAGGCCGUUCUGAUUCAAUGUACCAUAGUCCACAUGGUUCUAGUAGUCGUACUCCUGUCGGUUUCGCGUCUGAGGAGUUGAUAUGUGAACCAGUGGAUACAUCGAGGUGUGGAGAGAGCAUUUCGGUGACGAUUCGGUUUCGGCCGUUGAGCGAGAGGGAGUUUCAGAGAGGCGACGAGAUUGCUUGGUACGCGGAUGGGGAUAAAAUUGUGCGGAAUGAGUAUAAUCCAGCAACUGCAUAUGCAUUCGACAGGGUUUUUGGGUCUCAGACUUCUACUCCGGAGGUGUAUGAAGUAGCAGCCAAGCCUGUCAUCAAAGCUGCGAUGGAAGGUGUCAAUGGAACUGUAUUUGCAUACGGUGUCACAAGUAGUGGGAAGACACACACUAUGCAUGGAGAUCAGAGUUGUCCAGGUAUCAUACCAUUGGCUAUAAGGGACGUGUUCAGUAUUAUCCAAGAUACUCCAGGGCGAGAGUUCUUGCUUCGUGUGUCAUAUAUUGAAAUCUACAAUGAGGUCAUAAACGACUUAUUAGAUCCCACAGGUCAGAAUUUGCGUGUUAGAGAAGAUGCACAGGGUACUUAUGUCGAGGGUAUAAAAGAAGAAGUUGUUUUGUCUCCGGGGCAUGCACUUUCAUUCAUUGCUGCUGGAGAAGAACAUCGUCAUGUUGGAUCAAAUAAUUUUAAUCUGUUCAGUAGCCGAAGUCAUACAAUAUUUACAUUGAUGAUCGAAAGUAGUGCUCAUGGGGACGAGUAUGAUGGAGUGAUCUUUUCACAGCUUAAUUUGAUUGAUUUAGCUGGAUCUGAGAGCUCAAAGACUGAAACGACUGGGUUACGGAGAAAGGAAGGGUCUUACAUAAAUAAAAGUCUUUUAACUCUUGGAACUGUUAUUGGAAAGCUGAGCGAGGGGAAAGCAUCCCAUGUUCCAUAUCGAGAUUCUAAGCUUACACGUCUUUUGCAAUCUUCACUAAGUGGGCGUGGACAUGUUUCUCUUAUAUGCACUGUUACCCCUGCAUCCAGUAACAUGGAAGAAACUCACAACACGUUGAAGUUUGCAAACAGGGCAAAACGAGUAGAAAUUUAUGCUUCACGUAAUAAGAUUAUAGAUGAAAAAUCUUUGAUUAAAAAGUAUCAAAGAGAAAUCUCUAGCCUGAAACAAGAACUCGAUUUGCUGAAGAAGGGCAUGCUUGUUGGUGUCAAUCAUGAAGAGAUUAUGAACUUAAGGCAACAGUUGGAAGAAGGACAAGUGAAAAUGCAAUCGAGGUUGGAGGAAGAAGAAGAAGCUAAGGUUGCUCUUACGAGUAGAAUUCAGAGGCUGACUAAACUCAUACUUGUCUCCUCAAAGAAUUCAAUCCCUUUGAGUGACAUUCCCAGCCAGCCAAGGAAUCGUUCUCUUGGUGACGACGAUAAUUUUGACGUCUUGAGAGAUGUGUCAUUGCCUACUGAGAGUGAAAACCUUAAGGGAUCCCCCUCUUCAGUCUCAGAAGUUCAAUCGAACCCUUCCUAUGAUUUCAAACAAAGAAGCUCUUCAAGCAAAUGGAAUGCGAAUGAGGAGCUCUCUUCUGCCAGUAGUACAGUUACUGAAUCAAAUCAAGGUGGGAUGACAAUGUCAGAUCAGAUGGAUCUUCUGGUUGAGCAAGUUAAGAUGCUUUCUGGAGAGAUUGCAUUUAGUACUAGCACCCUUAAGCGCUUGGUGGAGCAGUCGGUGACUGAUCCAGAGAGCUCUAAAACUCAAAUUCAGAGCUUGGAGCAUGAGAUUCAAGAGAAAAAGAAGCAAAUGAGGGUUUUAGAGCAACGAAUAACUGAGAGUCGUGAGGCAUCAGUUGCCAAUGCUUCAGUGGCUGAAAUGCAACAGACGGUUACCAGAUUGAUGGCCCAGUGCAACGAAAAGGGGUUUGAACUGGAGAUCAAGUCAGCUGACAACCGAAUCCUCCAGGAACAGUUGCAGAACAAGAGUGCAGAGAACAAGGAACUACAAGAUAAAUUACGUCUCUUGGAGCAGCAGUUGACAUCGUUUACUGGUGAUCGGUCAUCAUUGAUAUUUGAACAGCCCGUACCUGGAGAAAGUGUUGAUGAACUGAAAAAGAAAAUUCAGUCACAGGAGAUUGAAAACGAGAAAUUAAAGCUGGAGCACGUUCAACUUUCAGAGGAAAACAGUGGAUUGCGUGUUCAGAAUCAGAAAUUGGCUGAAGAAGCUUCUUAUGCAAAAGAACUAGCCUCUGCUGCUGCUGUUGAGUUAAAAAAUUUAGCUGGUGAAGUGACUAAACUCUCAGUGCAGAAUGCAAAAUUAGAGAAGGAACUGUCAUCUGCUCGAGAAAUAGUCCACCCUAGAAACAUGCAAAAUGCAAAUGGUGUUAAUCGCAAAUAUAAUGAAAGCUUAAGACCUGGGAGGAAAGGGAGGCUGUCUGGGCGUCUUAAUGAAAGGGCCGGGGCAAUUAACGAUGAAUUUGAUUCUUGGAGUCUUGAUUCUGAUGAUUUAAAAUUUGAACUUCAGGCAAGGAAACAACGUGAAGCUGCCCUUGAGGCUGCUUUAGCCGAAAAGGAAUUCAUAGAAGAUCAAUACAGGAAAAAGAUUGAAGAGGCAAAGAAGAAAGAGGAGGCUCUGGAAAAUGAUUUGGCUAACAUGUGGGUGCUUGUUGCUAAGUUGAAGAAAGAGGGAGGAGGAACUGUGCCGGAUUUACCCAGUGACGAUAGGCAUAAUGGUGAAGUAGCAGUAGAAUGUUUUGCUGAUGAUAAAAAAUUCAAAACUAGAACUGAUUCUAGCAUUACGGAUAGAGGAAUGCUGGAUAUAUUAAAACCAGCAGGAGCGGAAGUACCGAAGGAAGAACCACUGGUUCUCCGCCUCAAGGCAAAGAUGCAGGAGAUGAAAGAAAAAGAGCUAAAAAGCAUGACAAAUGCCGAUGUGAAUUCCUCCAAUACAUGUAAAGUAUGUUUUGAAUCGCCAACUGCAGCAAUUCUUCUUCCCUGUCGGCACUUCUGCUUGUGUAAAUCUUGUUCUCUUGCUUGUUCCGAGUGUCCAAUCUGCCGUACAAACAUUGCGGAUCGGCUUUUUGCAUUUACUUCUUGAUGUGGCAUAUAUACACAACAUUAUUAUCCUCUCGAUAAAGGGAUUUGUCUUCAAGCUACCAUUUACUAGUUACCAUGCAAUUCCAGGCAGCAAAUUCUUUGAUUAAUCCGUAUGUAUCUUCUGAAAGGCAAUAUGAAUAUAUGAUGUUUUUCAUACAGUAUCUGAAAAAUAUAAAAAUAAUAUGAGGGAGAGAGAGUGCAUAAGCAUUACAUUACAUUCCAAGUUUCAGAUGCAAUGUUGGUGUUGCUUUCUUUUAGUAUGUAGCAUAAUGCCAUGUUGUCUCUGACAUAUCAUUGCAAUUGUAUA